AUGGUCCAAAUCGCCGUUCCUUCCGUCACUUUGCUCUUCCUGGCGGCUAUCACAGCUGCGUCUCCUGCUCCUCUUGCAAGCUCUCGAAAUACCGUUGCCGUCGGUGACUGGUCCUGGGAAAGUUGGGUUGAGACUAUCAUUGCCGACCCUGAUAGUGCUCUAUCCGUCGAUGAGGCUCUUGAAGCCGCGGCCAAGUCCGUCGUCGCUGAUGGGGGUCAGCGUGCUAACAAGGACUUUGUGUUAGAUGGCUCACUUGAAAAGAGACAGGAGCAGUUUCUCGUAUGCAACGAUAGCAAGCCUUCCGCAUGGGCACCUGAUGCCGUGACGUGUAUCAAUUACCUUGCCGGUCUCAAUGCCAACUGCGGUACUGUGACUGCCACGGCAAUGUGUACGGCUGGUAAUGCGCAGAUUGUUGGAAGUGGCAGUGGUGCCGGAGAAGUGAGCACACACUGUAACAAUGUUGCCCGCACUGCUGGACACAUCAUGGAUCGCUGCUGGAGAUCCGACAACACUGUUCAGGGUGGCAUGCCGGCUUAUGAGCAAGGAGCGAUGUGGGUUCAUGUUUCAGCUCCUCUGAUCUAA